AUGAGCGGCGAGCCUUACAUCCCCAGCAAUGACAGCAAACAUCCCCGUUGGCUACUCCAUCUGGAAGAAUGGCGUGUGUAUCCUUACGAUCAGAUAGAAGAUGACCGAUCUUAUGGAAUCAUUUCAUACACCUGGGGUAUGUGGGCGGAUUUUGACAAGCCAGUCAGCACCGAUUACUUGCCACGAUAUUGCUUCACGGUAAAAGGAGAAAAGCAAGAAACAGGUCUCCCCUGGGAUAUCCCAACCGUCGCCGAGCUAUCCAUUGGAGAAGCUAAAAAGCUUCUGCUGGAAACUAUUCGUGCAAAAUAUGUCUGGUGGGACUGGAUGUGUGUUCCCCAGGGUAUGGCAAAUAAAAAGGUCACAUUGCGGUGCGAAAAGCUGAAAAGCGCUGCAGGCGAGGAAAUCGCUAAGCAGAGGCAAAUUUUUGAAGGCGCGAAAGAGGGCAUUGUCUGGCUACAUCGCACGACCUGGGCAAAUUGCCCUAAAUUAUCAACGUACCUUAAAGCGGAUUUCAGGCCGCGCAAGAACCUUGCAGACAUGCUCUUUGAGUUCCGCUUAUGCCUAGAAGAUGCCCAACAGGAUGAACCUUGGCUCACCUCUGGCUGGACGCUCCAAGAGGGUGUUCUACUGCAAGAGUCGCUUCUGUUUGAUUGCGACGGCAAAUGCCAUCCCAUCGACUCACCAGCUCAGAAAAUUGCCACAGUGGAAUACCUCUCGUUUCCAGCCACACAGCUCGCUGACUGUAUCACCAGUGCUUUUCUCCGGCACAGUGAGGGUUGGACCUCUUCGUACGGAAUGCCACAAGGCACUCCAGACAUAGUGCAGAAAGCCGUUGACUUCAUCAGCACCGGACCCCGGGAUAAUAACUACACCGAGAACUAUAGGUAUGCGGGCCGCUUUCUCUCCUGGCUUGUACACUCAGGGCUCAUAGCCUACUGGCCCCACGAACAGACGGUGCUCUAUCUUCUGGCUGGGGCACAGAGCCGAAGGUUCACAAAGAAAGAAGAUGAAUGCUGGGCUUUGAUAGGUGCCCUGAAUCUGACAGACCAAAACCUUGUACCAUGGUACUCUGAGGCAACUGAUAAAGAUAAAGAGAAAAAGGAACAGGAUUUGCGCGAUAUUAAGAGGCAAUUCUUCGUAUCCACAUUGAAGAAAUAUCAAUGGGAACUAUUCUUAACACCAACAGUGGAGGAUCAAAGAUAUCAUCAGAUGACAUGGCCUGAAAGGGUAGUCCAUGGAGGAGUUAUGCCGCUGGGGAUAUAUUUCACCUCCGAAAUUAGGAAAAACUUACCUGGUCUGGAAUAUGAUACGAAGAACGAUCAGCUUAUCAUAAUUCCACAGGAAAAACCACAGGAAAAACCACAGGAAAAAACACAGAAGUUCAUCCGCUUAGAGCAAGAUGUUUUUGCCAGGCAUUACAGGCAAAGAGUUCUCUACAAAAAGGGCUCCGAAGAGCCUGGAUGUGUCAGUUUUGGUUACAAUGUUGAAUCCAGAAACUCUAGUGACAAUUCUGGGUUUAUUGAGGUGACCACGAUCUCGAAGGAGACUACCUCUGGGGUCGAGAAGGGUCGUUCAAAGACAUAG